AUGACCUAUCUGGACCGGGUGCUGUCCGAGACGCUGCGGCUGUACCCGCCGGUCAUCCGCAUGGAGCAGCAGUGUAGCCGAGAUUACACAUUGCCCGACACGAACGUGCAUAUCCCGCGCGGCACGAUCAUCCAAAUCGGGCCGCGCAACUGCACCGGCAUGCGGUUUGCGCUGUUCGAGGCGAAGGUGGCGCUGAUUGCCGUGCUGCGGGAGAACCGGCUGGAGCCGAGCAAAGCGGACGCCGCCGCCGCCCAUGCCGCUCGAUGA